AUGUCGACGACACCAACGGGGAGGCGUCGCCGCCCGCAGGAGUUUACCCUCCCAGACGGCAAGAAGGUCAUAGUCUCGCUGCCCGAGGACAUUGACGCCCUGCGACGAAAGUACAGCAACAACCAAGAGCUCCAGACCGAGGUGGUGAUCCAGGGGUCUACAGAGCACGCCAACUACCUCCAACAGUCGCGGGAGCAUCAUGAGCGCCGCAAGGAAGCGCUGCGGAGCCGCCACGGGCCCGCCUUUGACGAGUGGGAAGACGUCAACGACCAGCUCAACUCCGUCACGGCCGAGCUGGAGCGCCUUUCCAACCAGCAAUCCGGACUGGGCAGCAACUUUGGCAAGUUUGGCUUCGACGCGGCGAUGCGCGCCUACGACAGCGAGCACGGCGGCGACGGUCCGGGCUCCUCGAGCGCCUCCGUCUUCUCGGAGGAGGCGCGUCCCGCCGAGACCACCAAGCUCUUCAAGAAGCCCGUCGUCAAGCAAUGGUUCCAUCGCGGGCUGCUGUGGCGGGCUUCAGAGCAGACCGAGGUCAUGGCCAUUGAGCUCUUCUUUGAUCUUCUUUACGUUGGAAUUAUCCACACCAACGGCGAGCACAUGACGGAGGAGCCCAACGGCUACGAGCUGCUCCGCUUCUCCGUCACCUUCAUCAUGUCGUGGAAGGUGUGGACAGACAUCACACUGACCCUGAGCUGGUUCGAGUCAGACGACGUCUUUACCAGGCUGGAAAUCCUCUUCAUGAUUGCCUGUUUGCUUGCAUUCACGACCAACAUGAUAAACAGCUUCAGCGAGGACCCAAGUACGAAUACUUACGUGCAGCUUGUAGCCUAUUAUCUGGCGGCGCGCAUCUUCGCCGCCCUCCAUUUCGCAAUCACCGCCUUCACCCUCCCCAUGGUCAAGGGCGUCAUGAUCUGCAACGUCUUCAACAUACUCGUCCCGGCCGCGCUCUGGAUCGCCAGCAUUCACGUGGAGAUGCCCGCGCGGCUGGGGCUCAUCUGGACGGCCAUUGCCCUCGACCUGUUCGGCUCGGGCAUCUUCACCUCGCUGUUCCGAUGGGCGCGGUCCCACGGCCAGGACUCGAGGCUGGGCGCCCGGCUGAACCGCUUCUUCGAGUUCUACCCGGCCAUGAACAUUGAGCACAGGGUGGAGCGGAUGAACGCGUUUGUGUCUCUGGUGCUAGGAUACUCGGUGGUCAGCAUCUUGUUCCAGAGCGGCGGCGGGUACAGCAUCAAUGCGUUCCUGGGGAAGGCUGUGAUGGGACUGGUCCAGGCCUUCAUCUUCAACUGGAUCUACUUUGACGUCGAUGGGAAGAACCUCAAUUUGCAUGCAAUCCGUCGGUCCGCCAAUACUGCUAUUCUUUGGCAGUUUGCCCACCUGCCCUUCAUCAUGGGCUACAUCGUAGCCACCUCGGCCCUCACGACGCUGGUCCUGGCUUCAGACGUGGCGGACGCCAACCCCGCGGAGCUCGCGGAGCCCUACUCGGCGCAUUCGGAGGACCACUUCGGCAACGCCGUCCGCUUCUUCUACUGCCAGGGCCUCGCCAUCGCGCUGCUCUCCAUGACGGCCAUCUCCCUGAGCCACGACCACCGCGCCCCGGCCACCCUCCGCUGGGCGAAGCGGUACAGGCUGGCGAACCGCGUCGCCGUCUGCAUCAUCAUGUUUCUGCUGCCGCUGGCGCACUCGCUCGACUCGCUCGAGCUCAUCGGCACGACCCUGGGGCUGUCGGCCUGGGUCCUCAUCGUGGAGCUCUUUGGCGACUCGUGCACGGACGAUCCGUUUAUCGGCGAGAAGGAGGGCUGCCACGUGCGGUACCUGGCGAGAUGCAGCAAGAAGGAUAUGGAAAAGGCGGCGCUGGCAGAGGCCGAUGCCCCCGGAGUUCGGAACGCGGACGUUUUUGAGCUCGAUAGGCACGACAAGACGGCGGUCUAA